AUGAAAGAACGCAUGACAGAACUGGUAGGUCAGGUGGAUAACCUGAAGGCUGAGUGCCUUGCGAAAGAAUCCGAGAAGACAGAUGUUCUGAUACAGCAGGCUGGCCUUCGCAACACUCUGACGGAGUAUGAAAGCCUCCAACAGAAUGUCAGCUUUGUUUUGACUCAGAAAGAUACUGUUCUGGUUGAGGCUAAGUUGACCGAAAUCUCGCUCCAAGCAAACUGGAGUUGGGAUGGCAGGACUCUCGAUGGGAAUGUGUACACACAGCGAGGGACUGAACAGAAACCCGCUGGCCUAAGUGAUAGCGCACGCAGUGUUAUUCAGCGCUGGCAGUCAUCUUCCGCGCUGGACACCUUCGCAGAAUUGGUGCUGGCCAAGGAAGGUCUUCAGUCCUCAACACACCAUGACUGA